CAAUCAAUUGAACGUACAACAACUUCUUCCUGUGUAAUUGUGAUGGAUUUCAAGGAAAAUAUUAGAAUCGGGGGUAGUCCAGUCGAGACUGGAAAUAAUUUUUUCGAAAAAACUCAAGUAUCUGUUCUCAGAUUUGCAGUACAUUAUCGUGAAUCUGAUCAAAGCUUACAUACACAAUAUUUUGAUUACUUUUCUGAUGUUUUGAGUCAUGAUACAUCAUUCGUUAUAGACUGUAUUACAAAGCUUCUUAGUUUAUGUCAAGGUUUCAUGAAGCUUGUUUUUGAGUACCAUGGGAAGAAUAUCAUCGAUAGUCAUUUUGGUGUAUUAUCUAGAUGGUUUUCAGAAGGCGAAGCUACACAAAAUAUUUAUACAAUUGAUGAUUUGAUUAAUUUUUUUCGAGAAAAAGCUAAUCAAAAUUAUAUAAAUAUCAAUACUUCAAUAAUGAACUUUGAUAUUUAUUCACGAACACAAUGUCGACAAAAUAUUCAUAAAUUAUGCAUUGAUAAUUUUAAAUCAUAUCAAUCAUUCGUAUGGAUAAAUAACAAGCUUUAUGCUUCUACACUAAGUACAUUAAUUGAUACAGAUUACAUGGAGAUUAAUUAUAAAAUGAAAAGUAUUAAAGACAACAGAAAAACAAAAUAUGCACUAAAAAAACAAAUAUUAAAUACAGAAGUUCAAGUUGUAAUAGGUGUAAAAAGUAGACAAAUAUUAGAAACUAGAAUUAGACUUUCAGAUACAUGA